CAUGCCGCGGCCGGGUCCUCUCAGCAGGCUGCUGCCGCUGCUGGCGGUGGCCGCAGCUGCCGCGACAGGGGACAGGGGAAUACCGGACCCUCCUCUCGCCGAUGGCGGCUGGUCGGAGGAGGACGCCGGUGUCGGUCGACUCAGGAUGCAGCCCGCCGCCACAGAGCCCCGAAUGUCGCCGAACAGCGAGUGUGCAGCGCCACACUGUGACACGGGCGCCGGAGCCGUGGUCCAGGCAGCGUCGUCCGGCUCUGGGGAGCUGUCGGUGGACGAUUCCUCGAUGAAGCUGCUCAUUCAGCUGGUGCACAAUCCUACCCAGUGGGAGCGACUCAAACAGACUCUCAACCGCAUCCCGUACACGGCGGCUCUGGCCGGCCUGGUGGCGCACUCUCGGUUCUCGGCGGCGGCCACCACACCAGCCCCGGCGGGCCGCUACCUGCGCUGGCGACCCGACCCGGCCGCCGCGGCCCGGCGACUGGUGUUCCGGCGCGGCCGCUGGCCGACCGGCGACGGACACCACUCCCGGGCCGUGGUACUGGUUAGCCGGGCGGCGGCGGAGGCGAGUCGAGCGGCAGGACAGCGCCCCGACCAUACUCAGAGCUAGGCAUCCACCAUCAGAAGCCACGGGCUUCAGACCAAUUCCGAUCUCUGAGACGCCAAAGAGGUCAGUCCAGCCAACGAAGGCACUGACGGCUGCACACGAACAAUGGCGUCAGCCGGGGCAACGCAUCGAGCGGCGACAGGUGCCGCUACAACCACGAAGCAUAUCAUCGGCAGUGCAUCAUUUGCGAUAUGGUAGGGCAGCGUGUCUAAGGCGCUGACUGAUAGCGGUAGAAUUAGGUGCCGCCCGUAUAGUGGUAACCCUAGGGCUCUUCCAAAGAUAUUCUGAGCGUUACUAUUUCAGAGCCCUUUCGCCGGCCGUGCGAGAUCAGAAUUGAAGGGGCUUAUACGUCGGAUCCGUUGAGACAAUACAAUGGUGUGAAUUCGCAGCCAUCUAAGAUUGUGUGAAACCGUUUACAUUGCUCCCGGCUAAGGCCCUCUGG